GGCGAGCAACACCUUCGCGCACGUUAGAGGGAUACAAGCUUUUAGCUUCCAGCUUGGGUGGAGAAACUGAGGACAAAGGGGCGGACAUUUCGAAGCUGCUCUUUUAUCACAUACUUUUCUCGAUUUUGCCCCUGCUUUUUCCACUAUAUCUUCCGUCUGUCUCUGGCCGCUCAUUGCCGAUCCAAAUCCUCUCCGUCUCUUCCAAUGGAGUCCUCCGCCGCUCUCCUAUCUUUUCACUAUUCUGUAGGUGCUAUUUCACCAACACAUUGCUCACUUGAAAGGCCCAGUACCAUUCAUAUGUAUUCUGGCUGCUGGCCCACUUCAAGAAAAUCAUGUGUCGCUGGCUUGAUGUUUGGCGGGAAGAACAAUUCUUCUGCAAGACGAAAUGUAACUCUAAUAUCAUGUGUGAAGACACCUGAAGCUUCUGUUUCAUCCAUGUUAAAAGAUAGCAGCACACAAGGCUCAUUGGAGAAGAAAACUUCACGGAAUGCAACUUUUCCAAAUGGAUUUGAGGCUUUGGUACUGGAGGUGUGUGAUGAGACUGAGGUUGCUGAGCUGAAAAUGAAGAUUGGAGACUUUGAAAUGCAUAUGAAACGGAAUGUUGGUGCCACAAAAGCUCCCUUGUCCAACAGUUCACCUACAACAGCUCCACCAAUCCCAACUAGACCAAUGAAUGAAUCAGCUGCUGUCACCUCACCUCCUUCACCACCAAAACUUUCUUCAGAGAAGCCUACUCCAUUUAUAAAUGUUGCCUUUAGGAAGUCAUACAAGUUAGCUGCCUUGGAAGCUUCUGGAUCUAAUAACUAUGUUCUAGUACCUUCUCCGAUGGUUGGCACAUUCCGAAGGGGUAAAACAGUGAAAGGAAAGAAGCUACCUCCCAUCUUCCAGGAGGGUGAUUCGAUCGAAGAAGGACAAGUGAUAGCAUUCUUGGAUCAAUUUGGUACUGAACUUCCUGUUCAGUCAAAUGUUGCUGGCGAAGUCUUGAAGCUUCUCGUUGAUGAUGGAGAUGCUAUUGGCUAUGGAGACCCACUAAUUGCUGUCUUGCCAUCAUUUCAUGAAGUCAGUUGAACUCCCAUGAAACAAUGGAAUAGUUGUUGUUUAAAGCAUAUAUUAUAGAAUGAGGAGAGGCUUAUCAAUUGUAUCAGUUAAAUCUUUUGUAUGCUUAGCUUUUAGAUAUUUGUUGCAAUGCUCAGACAAUCAUUUUGUUGGAGGAGAUCAUUAACAAGGUGAUAACAUGGUUUUUUUUUUAUUUGGAAAAAAAAUAUUGACCUUACUCUUUAAGAGGUGCAUCAAUUAUUAUUGAACUAUAUGUUUUAAGUAUCACAAUAGCUCAUUACUAAAUUAUUGUUUUCUCAUACAUAUUAAAUGUUAAAUAAUAAUAAUAAUUUAAUGAUGAACUAAAUGUUAGGUUUCAUCGUGGCGCAUCAUUAAAUUAUUAUUUUCUUUCCUACCACUUCCUUUUUACAUGAUGAAUGGUUGCAAUGUGUGCUGUUGUUGGAAGAUUUUGG